AUGUACCGCAAGAAUGUCUGUGUGGUGAUCUUUAACGAGGACCUGAACUUCCUCGCCUGUCAACGACUACACCAAAAAGAGUAUCAAUUCGUGCAGGGCGGUAUAGAGAGUAAAGACGACGGCGAUAAUGUUCUCAACGCCGCCUAUCGCGAAGUACGAGAAGAAAUUGGACUCGAGCGAUACGCCUUAUCGUUUGUGGCGGAGAUUCCACCGCCUAAUGGAGAUCCACGGGCCUUUCGCUACACAUUACGUGAUGGGGCCAAUCUCCGUCGCUUUGGUUACAUUGGACAGGAACAACGAUUGCUGCUCUUCUUCACACCAGCGCAGAAUAUUCACAAAAUGAGUGUUAUCCCACCGCCAGACACAGACGCCCUGCAGGAGUUUGCACGAGUGGUGUGGAUGCCAAUUGAAGAAAUUGUAGAACGAUGUCCAGCAGAGAAACGGCAUAUCUUUCACGCCGUCGCUACACUCGCCCCACCACUGGCGAGGGCUUUUCUACAGAAGAAAGACUCUGCACUGUAA